AUGGUGGAACUUCUCUUCAGAGCCGGAAUAAUACUCCUGCCCUAUGUCAUGGCCGGGGGAACCACCAAACCACCAGGGACGACCAAUGGCUACCCUCCGAAAGCACAACUACAAAUCAUUGUAUUGUCAGCUAAAUUAAAGGAAAACAAGAAGAACUGGUUUGGGCCGAGUCCAUAUGUGGAGGUGACAGUGGACGGACAAUCCAAGAAAACUGAGAAAUGCACCAACACGCACAGCCCCAAAUGGAAGCACCCACUCACUGUGAUUGUGACUCCGUUUAGCAAACUCGUCUUCCGCGUGUGGAGUCAUCAGACUCUCAAGUCAGACUUGUUACUUGGCAUGGCCACGCUGGACGUCAGUGAAACCCUUAAGAAGAAUGACAUGAAAAUCUCUGAAGUGGUGCAGACAUUACAGUUGUGCACAGACCGGGAGCAGACAGAUGUGGUGGGAGACCUCUCUGUUUGUCUGGACGGAAUGACUGUCGACCCAGAUAUGUUUGCCACUGCAGAGGCCGCUCAACACAGUACAACAAAUGGGGAUUCAUCAAAUCAAUCUGAUGGAGAAUCCGUCAUAAGACGCAGUCGGGACAGCUCUCCGGCAGUAGACGGUCUAGAACACAGGUCUUCACCUGGAGGCAGGAGACUUGCUAACAACACAGGUUCUUCCUCACCAAGCUCUAGACCACUGAGACCCCCAAGACCGUCUAGACCUCCACCACCGACCCCACGAAGACCUACAUCAUCACCAGCAUUAUCAUCAAAUGGCCCCACGUCUGCAGAGAGCAAUGGUCAGUCUGGUUCUGAGACUCCGAGUCGAACACCAGCCUCUGCCGGAUCCACAGCAUCCGAGUCCAGUCCGUUGUCUGGUCCAGAGAGGAGUUCAACCGCAGCCUCUUCCACCCCCAGCUCCACAGCGACACGGCAGCCCACCAGCACUGUAACCCCCUCAGUUAGUCCAAGAGUCCCCGCGAUGAACACUGGACCACUCCCACCUGGAUGGGAGCAGAGAGUGGAUCAGAAUGGCAGGGUUUACUUUGUCGAUCAUGUGGAGAAGAGAACUACGUGGGAACGCCCUGAGCCGCUGCCCCCUGGCUGGGAGCGCAGACUGGACCCUAUGGGCCGGGUCUACUUUGUGGACCACAUAUCCCGAAGCACUACAUGGCAGAGGCCCACUAUGGAGACUGUGCGCAACUAUGAGCAGUGGCAGCAGCAGCGCAGCCAGCUGCAGGGAGCCAUGCAGCAGUUCAACCAAAGGUUCAUGCUCGGGACACAAGAUCCAGCAGCUUCUCAGGAGUUUGAUCCUCUUGGUCCUCUGCCAGCUGGAUGGGAAAAGAGAACGGACACAAACGGUAGAGUGUACUUUGUUCAUCAUCCCACUCGCACCACACAAUGGGAGGAUCCUCGAACUCAGGGGUUGUUGAAUGAUAAGCCUCUCCCAGAGGGGUGGGAGAUGAGAUUCACUGUAGAUGGUAUACCAUAUUUUGUCGACCACAACAGAAGAACAACCACCUACAUUGAUCCACGAACGGGCAAGUCCUCACUGGAAAAUGGGCCUCAGAUCACAUAUGUCAGAGACUUCAAAGCCAAAGUGCAGUGCUUCAGAGCCUGGUGCCAGCAACUGUCAAUGUCUCAACACAUAAAAAUCACUGUGAGCAGAAAAACAUUGUUUGAGGAUUCCUUCCAGCAGAUAAUGAGCUUCAAUGCUCAGGAUCUCCGGAGACGACUGUGGAUCAUCUUUCCUGGUGAAGAAGGCCUCGACUAUGGAGGAGUCGCCAGGCAAUGGUUCUUUCUCCUGUCCCACGAGGUGCUGAACCCCAUGUACUGUCUGUUUGAAUACGCCGGGAAAGAAAACUACUGUCUCCAGAUAAAUCCCGCGUCCUACAUCAACCCUGAUCACCUCAAGUACUUCAAGUUCAUCGGACGCUUCAUAGCUAUGGCUCUUUUCCACGGAAAGUUUAUUGACACUGGUUUCUCGCUGCCUUUUUACAAACGUAUUCUGAACAAGCCUCUGACCCUCAAAGACCUGGAGUCCAUCGAUCCAGAGUUCUACAAUUCCCUCAUAUGGAUCAAGGACAACAACAUUGAAGAGUGUGGCCUGGAGAUGUUCUUCUCCGUGGAUAAAGAGAUUCUUGGAGAAAUCACGACGCAUGAACUGAAACCGGAAGGAGGCGACAUCCAGGUCACAGAGGAAAACAAGGAGGAAUACGUCAGACUGGUGGCCGAGUGGCGGUUAUCCAGGGGCGUGGAGGAGCAGACACAGGCAUUCUUCGAAGGCUUCAACGAGGUCCUCCCUCAACAGUACCUGCAGUAUUUUGAUGCCAAAGAGCUGGAGGUAAUGCUGUGUGGGAUGCAGGAGAUUGAUCUUGGCGACUGGCAGAGGAACACAAUAUACAGACAUUACACCCGCAGUACCAAGCAGAUCGUCUGGUUCUGGCAGUUUAUGAAAGAGAUGGACAAUGAGAAGAGAAUGAGGCUGCUUCAGUUUGUGACCGGAACCUGCCGUCUGCCCGUCGGGGGAUUUGCUGACCUUAUGGGGAGUAAUGGUCCUCAGAAAUUCUGUAUUGAAAAGGUUGGGAAAGAAAACUGGCUACCCAGAAGUCACACGUGCUUCAACAGACUGGAUCUGCCUCCGUACAAGAGUUAUGAACAGCUGAAGGAGAAGCUGAUGUUUGCCAUCGAGGAGACGGAGGGGUUCGGACAGGAGUGA